AUGAACUUGCCUACAAUUAAGGAUGGCAGCGGUUCGGGUUCGGAUCGGAUGGAACCUCAGGGCACCCAAAACCAAAACCCAAACUUAAAAACCAAAACCAAAACCAAAACUGUUUUGGGGCGGGGCUGCCGGGCGGCUGCCUGCGGGGCGCCUCGCUCGCGGCUCGGCAAUGCGCCGCCGUCCGUCACCAGUCGAGGAGAGGGAGGGGUCACGCACGGGAGUCGGGAGAGGAGAAGAGUUCGGUCGGCAUUUUUUUUAAGUCGGGAUGUUGGUGGCGGCGUGGCUGUUGGUCACGCAGGCACGGGAGAGGAUAAGAGGCAGAGGAAAUUUCCACUUAUAUAG